AUGCCAACACGAAUUAAGAAAUGGCAUAUAUUUGCGAUUUUAAUAUUGGCCGCAGUGUUGAUCACUACUUGCUGUUUGACAUCGCCAAUUCAACAAGAACGCGAAAUUUCCAUUCAAAAACGACAGGAUCCGGGAGAACCGAAAAAUAAUGAGCCAAAUGAUCAACCAAAGAACGAUGAACCUAAAGAGCAGCCAAAGAAUGACGAACCUAAACAACCCGAGGAAAAGCCAAAGAAUGACGAACCUAAAGAGCAGCCAAAGAAUGACGAACCUAAAGAGCAGCCAAAGAACGAUGAGCCGAAAGAGCAGCCAAAGAAUGACGAGCCUAAAGAGCAGCCAAAGAACGAUGAGCCGAAAGAGCAGCCAAAGAAUGACGAACCUAAAGAGCAGCCAAAGAAUGACGAGCCUAAAGAGCAGCCAAAGAAUGAAGAACCUAAACAACCCGAGGAAAAGCCAAAGAACGACGAGCCGAAAGAACAACCAAAGAAUGAAGAACCAAAGCAGCCUAAUG